CUUAUAGUCACGCAGUAAACACUUGAGAAAUGUAGAUCAGAGUAGAGGACUACAUAUGUUUACAUUUGCUUCUGGGAACACAUUCUGAAAAGUCAUUCUACUACAACAGAAAUGAGCAGGCAUAUACAUUUAAAAAGUGCACUAGUAUUCAUUUACAUACUUGUGCACUUGCACUGGAGCUGCACUGAAGAUAUAUGUCUAGGUGAAGACUGCAAAAAUAAAGAUGUGUAUGACAAAACUGUGACAGCAAUACCUGAAAAACUGAAAGAUGGAGCCAAUGAAAUAUUUUUUGUACACAGUAAGAUUUCUGUCAUACCAAAAGGAGCUUUUUCUAAAAACCCUCAAAUUAAGAAAAUCGAAUUUCUCGGGACUUCAACUAUGUCCAUAGAGGUCGGAGCCUUUGAGGGUUUACCUGAUAUCACAACCAUUGAGAUAACUGGCACAAAUGUGACAUCAUUACCCGUGGGUGUUUUUGAGGAUCUCAUCAACCUUGAAAAACUUGUUUUAAAAUAUAACAAAAUCCAAAGCCUGGAAAAUGGGUUAUUUGAUGAUUUAAAAAUGCUUCAAGAACUAAGUCUACAUAUAAAUGAGAUUAGCUCAAUUGAGGAGGGGACAUUUGAUAGUUUAGAGAAUCUUAAACUUCUUCAUCUUGCAAAAAACAAAAUUAGUUCUGUAUCGACAUCUCUUUUUUCCAAACUUAAGAACUUGCGCAUUUUCAGGAUUUAUGAGAACCAGCUGACCUCUAUGCCUGAUGGGAUUUUUGAUCAUCUCCCUGAUCUGACAGAGAUAGCUUUGCAAGGCAACAAAAUCUCAUUUAUAAAACCAGAUUUGUUUCCACACAAAAGUAAUUUAGUCAAACUCUUUUUGGACCACAAUCUUUUAACUGAACUGCAGCAAGAUCUUUUUGUUGGUUUCUCUUCAUUAAAGACUCUUACUCUGCAUAACAAUCAACUCAUCCGUCUUCCCACUGUCCUUUUUGGAGAAAUGCCUAAAAUGACUGAAUUGAGUCUAAGCCAUAACAAUCUCACUGACUUACCAACUGGAGUGUUCAGCCCACUUAAGAAGCUCAAGAAGUUAGACCUUUCAUCAAACCAGUUUUCAAUGAUAUCUAAAGACUUUUUUGAAGGUCUUGAGAAAUUGUCUGAUCUGAAUCUUCAAAAUAACAAUAUAAAGUCAUUAAAAAAAGAGGACUUUGAAAAACUUCAGUCUCUUACAACACUUAGACUGGGAAAUAAUAAACUACAAAGCCUUCCUGGAGAUGUUUUUGACGCUCUUCCAAAACUCACUAAAUUAUAUCUUUACAAGAACCCGUGGCAGUGUGACUGUAACCUGUUGGAAUUCUUUGAAUGGAUAACGAACAAUGAAGACAAGAUUAAAUCAAAACCUUCAGAAGUUUGUGAGUCCCCAAAAAACCUGGAAAAUCAACCAAUAUCCUCUUUAACAGAAGAACAAUUAAUAUGCCUCACAACUUUACCAACAACUACGCUUCAACCAACAACUGCCCCACUGACUACAGAAACUUUUCUCACCACACAUAGUAGUUUCAUCUGUACCAGCUCUCCUCAGCCUAUUCUCUCAAGUCCUUUUCCUACCCACAAGAAGUCAUCAUGCAAGGAACCAAUGAUACUACAAUGCUGCUGGUGGAAAUCUGCUGUACUCUUGUGCUGGCCAAAUUAACAUAUUCACUAUAUUGUUCUCUGGAGCAAA